AUGGAGAAAACCCACCACGAGAGAUUCUAUUACAAAGACGGAACAUUCAAGAUACAGCUAGGGAAUACCUUGUAUAAUAUAUACCUGGGCAUGCUGGCUGACCGCUCAGAAGCAUUCCGAGACAUGCUCCAGGUGCCCAUACCUGGCUCAACAGAAGCUGAAGGGAAAUCUGAUGAUACGCCUAUGGUCCUCCACCCUUCCAUCGAGGCUAGGGAGUUUGAUGCAUUGAUGGAGUAUCUUUUCAAGGCCCGUACAAUGGGCAUGCCAACAAUGCAGGACCUCACUGCAAUACUCAAGCUGUCCACCAUGUGGGGCAUCGAGGAUGGGAGGCUGUACGCCAUCGACGUGCUGCCGAAGCAUCCUCAGUUCACGCCAGCUAUGCAGUUCUACCUGGGUCGGACCUACCACGUCGCGGAGUGGGUAGAGCCAGCAUUCCGGAAGCUCCUAGCAAUGCCAUUCAGCGAGAUAGACGAAGAGAUCGCUCACCUGAUGGGGCCCGAAGCGUUCUACCUGCUCAGCCAUACACAUAACCGUAUCAAGGACCACCAUGCCAUCCUCGCCUUCUAUCCGUCAGAGCCAUUUUCGAGCUUUAUAUGCACUAGGGCAGGGAGGUGCGAGCAGGCAUGGGUGUCGCAUUGGUGGCACGGCGUUGCCAAGCACCUUCUUCAUCCUGAUUCAGGGAAGAGCGGCCGAGAAAUCUUGGAGAUGUUGGACAGGGUGCAAGUGCCAGGGAUGUGCAGCCAUUGUCAAGAAGCAAACGUCCAGUGGGUGAAGGAUACCCGAGUGAUGAUAAAAGCAGACGAGUUCGUCGAGGAUGCCGUUGCCAAGGUGGUGAUGUGGUAUGGAUCAGCCAAAGACCAGAAAGAGAAGGUUGGAGGAGGUGAUGUCGAGCCCAGUGUUGCAGCCUGA